CAAGAUCUGGAAUGACCUAACCCUACUGCCGGUGGACCAAUUUAACUCUCAGCCAUACGGUCGUAAGCUAUACUGCUCUCUCCAUUUCCAGCUCCUCUUCACCUUCACCUUAGGUCGGACGCAGUCUAAUAUCCGGAGUAAUGGCAUUCUGCAACAGACUCGGUAGUCUUGUUAAGACUUGUGUUUCUAAACACAAUGCAACACAUGCUCCCGUGCAAGUAGCCACCAUGUUUGGUGCUCUACGAUGCAUGUCAUCAAAACUUUUUGUUGGUGGACUUUCAUAUGGGACCGAUGAUUAUUCCCUAAAGAAUGCUUUCUCUGGUUAUGGCGAGGUUGUGGAAGCAAGGGUUAUUACGGACAGAGAUUCUGGGAGGUCACGAGGAUUCGGGUUUGUGAAUUUUACUGACGAUAAAUCAGCAGAGGAAGCACUCUCCAAUAUGGAUGGAAAGCAACUUGACGGAAGAAACAUUCGUGUCUCUAUUGCUCAGGAGAGGUCUAGUCCUCGUGCCGGUGGGUUUGACCGCAGCAAUGAUGGAUAUUAAGUUGAGAUACAGUUUUGCAUAGUUAUGUAUGUGCAUCAGUGCAUGACAUUUGAAGUUUUAUGGAUUAAUUCGUGCAAUUGUUUCUUGGUUCAACCUAAUGGCUCCCUACUUGAAAUCUGAAACAAUGAAAUCGUGCAAUUGUUUCUUAGGUCGUUCUCACUCAUGGUUGUCAUUACUAAAUCUAUGAGUUUCUAAAAAUGGUUUUUGCCAUUAUAUUUGAAGAUCUCUGUACUUUUUCCUGGCAAUAAAUCAGUGUGAUUUAAGAUUUAUUUCGGAAGAACUUACCUAUGCU